AUGGAAACUCCCUCGCCACCACCAACUCCGGCCACUCCAUGGCCCCCCUCGCCGCCCCAUCUCCCCCCUCUCGACCAUGGAAACUACCUCGCCACCACCAUCUCUGGCCACUCUAUGGCCCCCCUCGCCGCCACCGACUCUGGCUACUCCACCCACCUCACGCCUUCUUCAGACAAUGAAGAGGUAGCUCCAGCACCGGAGAGAUUGGAUGGGGUGCAGUCCGACCCUGGAGUGGAAGGAUCCUUGUCCAAUAACUUAGACUGGGAAUGCUUCCUUGAAGAGCAAGCACCAAAGAGGCAUCGGCACAUGGAGAAGGAGGAGGAGGAGGAUAAAGAGAAGGAGCAUAAGGAUGAGGACGAGGAGGAAGAGGAUAGCGAGGAGGAGCAUGAUGAUGAUGAGAAAGAUGAGGACGAGGACAACGAGGAGGACGCGGAUGGCUAG